AUGGAGCAACAGCUCUUGACACUCCUCGCAGACACUCAGUCACCAGCUGCUGAUACGAGAAAGGCCGCUGAGCUCCAGCUUCUUCGCCUCUAUUCCAACGAACAAUUCCCCCUCUCCCUCGCCGCCAUAGCCUCUCACGACUCCGUCCCUACCAACCUUCGCCAGUCUUCCCUGUCCGUACUGCGUACCUUCAUUGCGGCCGCUUGGUCGCCAAAUUUAGACGAAUUCAAGGGCCAGGUUCUGAUCAAUGACACCAACAAGACUCAAAUCCGACGUGUACUGUUGGAACUGGCCACUACUGCGGAUGUGCAAGAGCGGAAGGUCAAAUCGUCUGCCAGCUACGCGGUCAGCAAGAUUGCCAGCGCUGAUUUCCCUGAUGAAUGGCCAGAGCUUCUCCCGUCACUUUUACAGGUCAUCAACGAUGCUAAUAGCAGUGCGGGUGCAUUGCACGGCGCGUUGAAGGUUCUGUUGGACCUCGUCGAUACCGGCUUCAGUGAGGAGCAGUUCUUUGGUGUUGCCCGCGACCUCGUUACCACUCUUUUCAACAUUGCGACUAGUGAGUCAAGAAAGCCGAUGCUGAGAGCAUUGGCCGUUGCCGUUUUUCGCUCUUGCUUCGAUACCUUGGAGAUGGUGCUUGAGCAGCACAAGGUGGCGGUCAAGCAGUUUAUGGAUGAGGUGCUGAGCGGCUGGUCCCCAUUCUUCAUUGAGACUCUGAAGGCUCCCUUGCCACAGGCCCCCAGUGAGCAAGAGGAGUCCAAAGAGGGUGAGAUCCCUUCUCAAUGGAGGGGUAUAAUUGGACUGAAAUUGCAGGUGGUCAAGACGCUUAUGAAGAUUCGAAUGGUUUUUCCCGGCCUUAUGACAGCUCAAAGCCCGGUCUAUUUUUCGACUGUCUGGACAGAGCUUUCCAACAUUCAGUCUGCUUAUCACGAGUUCUAUAUCCAUGACGAACGACAGGGCCGCUUAGAAGAUGUUGACGGACUCCCUUACACGCUGGACUUUCUUGUGCUGGAAGAGCUUGACCUGAUUCAAGCGCUUCUAAAGGCACCACCAGUCAAAGCUGAACUCCAGCAGCAGUUGCAGAACGCUGGUCAGGCUGCAGCAACCGCCAGUUGGCUUCCAGAGAUCUUGAAGCUGGCCAGUUCAUACGCCCAGAUUACGACUGAGGAGGAAGGACUGUGGGACAUUGACGUGAAUCUCUUUCUAUCGGAAGAGACCUCUGUCACUGCCAAUUAUACGCCCCGAACCUGCAGUGGAGACUUGGUCAUUAAACUGGGAGAGUGGCUCAAGGUUACAAUUGUUGAAGGUCUCCUCGCCUACAUGAACAAUCUUUUUGCCGACUCAACGUCGACAUGGAAAUCUCGUGAAUCAGCUUUGUUCAUUCUCAACCAGUUGCUGCGAGACUUCAACGAAGUUUCGCAGCAGGUAUCUUCCGACUUGGCAAGUGGCUUUCACAAUUUCGUUACGUUCGCUAUCCACCAAGAAGAAGAAUUCCUGCGAGCUCGUGGUUACCUUGUGGCCGGCGUCUUGGCUCAAGUUGCGAGCGACGCUUUCCAGCCUACCGCUAUCUCCUACUUCGAAGCGACCCUCAAGGCGGUCGCCGAAGACCCCUCGGAAGUGGUCAAGGUAUCCUGCAUUCGGGCCCUUCAGGAUCUUAUGGCUUCCCUUCCUGCAAGCACUACAGUCCCACUUCAGGUUCCCGUUAUCAAUGCCCUGUCGGAGUUCAUUGCCGCGCACGACCUUCAGGAGCCUUCCGAGAGCGACGACCUCAAGGUCACUUUAGCGGAGGCGAUCCGCGAUACUAUCAUGGUUAAUCCAAGUGUGGUCUUGUCAUCUAUUGCCAUUGAUGUCCUGUUCAAUAUAGCCAGCAAUGGGGCUACGAAUUUCCAGCUGACAAUGAUCGUUACCGAGGCAUUCGAGGAUAUCGUACAGUCUAUCUCCGAACAGGGAGCCGAUUCUUUCAUCCGCCUUUGUGAGAAAGUGCUCCCUGCGCUCACGGGUGCGAUUGAUGUUGGAAACCUCACUCAGGAGAAUGCUCUCACGAACUUUGCGGCUGAUCUCCUGCGCGCAUUGACGGAAGGAGCCCUCCAGCCUUUACCUGCCGGAUUUGUAGAGACUGUCAUGCCCAAGCUUAACAGGUUGCUGUUGGACUCUUACGAUGCUGAGCUAAUUCGCCCUGCUACAGAAGCGGUUCGGCACAUUCUUUCACAUGACUUUGAUCAGUUCGUGGCCUGGCGCGAUCCCCAGACUGGCAAGGAAGCGGUUGAGGUUGCGCUGAUAAUCAUUGAUCGGUUGCUAGGCCCGUCGGUCGACGAUAACGCCGCAACUGAGGUGGGACAGCUGGCAGCCGAGCUGGUCGAAAGAGCUGGAGCCGAGAGACUUGGGCCUUAUCUGCCACAGCUGCUCCGGGCUGUAGCUCAGCGUCUUGCCACGGCUCAACAGGCACAAUUUAUUCAGAGUUUGAUCCUUGUUUUCGCCCGGCUGACUCUGAUAAACGCUCGGGAAGUGGUUGACUUCCUGGCGCAAGUCGAUAUUAGUGGUCAGAGCGGACUGCCAAUUGUUUUGAGCAAAUGGCUCGAGAAUUCGGUCAACUUCGCUGGAUACGACGAGAUAAAGCAGAACAUCAUUGCGCUGGCUACAAUGUACAACCUCGAAGACCCGCGCCUGGCUCAAGUGCAAGUUAAAGGCGACCUCAUCAUUCAGGACACGGGUCGCAUCAAGACCCGGUCGCAGACCCGCAACAACCCAGACCGUUACACGACGGUGACGGCUCCGUUGAAAAUUAUCAAAGUGCUCGUCGAGGAGCUGGCCGCUGCAUCCGGCAGCAAGGAGAUUGACGCAGCUACCGCGGCCGCUUUAGAAGAAGAGGACAGCGACGACGAUGGUGAAUGGGAAGACAUUCCCAGCAAUACACUGGAUCUCAGCCUGGGUGUCACCAAGCAAGAGCUCAUGGCCUUUGGCGAAGGUGGCUCUGAAGGGGUGUUUGGUGUGCGCAAGCGGGAUGACGAGACUCAGGCAUUCUUGCUGGACUUCUUCCACAAUGCGUCCACUAAGCCCGGGUUCGAGCAAUUGUUCGCCGCGCUAACUCCCGACGAACAGGAGAAACUCCGCAGCUUGGGCUGA